UCGAUAUACCUGACCUACUUCUAAUCGCUUAUUAUUAAGUUUACAUCAUGAGGGUUUAGAUUUCUAUUUUACCCGGGGAUGCCAUGGCAACCGCGAGAUUAAUGUGAAAUAUUGGUCAGCGGUUGAUAAUAUGAUGAUGAUGAUGAUGAUAUGACUUAUGCAUCUGUUUGGGACUUUUAUUGACUUUUUAAAUUUUAUGUAGCGCGCCCUACUCUGUGAGGUCUCUAGACGCCAUUGCAUGAUCAGCGGACUUAAAGCYUGACGCAAGCGCAAGCACAAUCGAAUUAAAACGAGACGUGCAUAUGCGCAAACUGUUCUUCGAGUCAGCCAUCUUGAAUCAGUUUUAGGACGAAAAAGACUGGUCAAAUAAGGUUUUAUGUUAUUGGUCCGAAUGGUCACAUGACAUGCCMAAUCAACCAAUCGCAAGCGCAAGAAAAARAGGAAAAUUUAAUAUCACGUGCUUGCUAUUGCUAUCAUUACGGAUUGCUGUAAUGUCUCUUGCGUUUUUGCUUACUGCUGUUCUGGUAAUGACUUGUGUCGCUAGAAGCCAGGUUGUUGUUUACAACAGACAGCUUAAUCUUCUUCUUAAUCUUUUCCACUUAUUUAUAAGUUAUUAGCCAAGACGAUUUUCUCGAAUACGUGAAAACGGUGAUAAGGAAUCUAACUAUACAUUCACAAAAGUAUAAAUUUGGUUGCUUUUUCGCUUUUGAAAGAACUUUUAACAAAUAGGUGUAAUGGUGCUCUGGAAAACAAAGCCAACAUCCAAGGCAGUACAUGGUAGCUAAGUGCACUUCCCAGGUAUAAAGGACUAAAAGUAACCGAGCUAUUUAAGUACAAUAGAGUACUUAAGCAGUGAAUUAGCAUUGAUUCUACCAUUACACAAAGCGUGGCUUAGGAAACAUUGUCGACACAUGAAUACAGAAACGACAAAGAGUCCUCACUACUUGGUACUGUUAAGGCACUUACUUGGACUUAAAACCCGCGCGUGUGAAUUUAAAAGAAUAUCUUGAUUGAGACAGGUCAUUUCGUGCCAUCCAACCUCAAAMAAUCGAUGUAUAAAAAUGUUUACAACGACAUUUUGUCUACUAUGUAUUCUCGUAAUCACAUUUCUUUCAUUUCAAACAAACGCAUACAUAAGCAAGCCGGCCAUCCUUAUCCAACCAAAGGACACAGUCGUGAUAGGGUUUAGUUUUACACUCAUGUGCGUCACGCAUAAGAACAACACUGUACGGUGGCUUCAYAAYGGUAAAAUGAUCUACUUCAGACGACGGACAGACAUGCAGAAGACUGCCGAUGGAUCGCUUUAUGUGUCAAACGCCGUCUUACACCGUGACCAAGGAUACUAUCAAUGUCUUGUGUCGAAUCCUAGAGGGUCUGUGUUCAGCAGACGGGCUAAAGUCGCRUUUCCAUACCUCAGACAAUUUUCCACYGGAAACGCAAUCAAAGGCAARGARGAAAGUCACAGUGUUGUCUUAAARUGCCAAGCACCAGCAUCUUUUCCAGACAGACAAAUCCAGUGGUCCAAACUAGACCCUCAAAACCAGGGAGUGAGAAAGCCUCUUCCCCAGUCUCCCUACUACACGGUUAGCGCUAAUGGAGAUUUACACUUCUCAUAUGUAAAAAGCGCAGACUCGGGAGACUACAUGUGCACUGUGACGAAUAAUAUUAUUAAUAAACACGUGGUACGGACGGUUGUUCUCAACGUUAUGCCAGUUCGUCCAUUGGUGACGCAGCCACCGAUGAUAGCGCCUCAAUUUUCUGCCCCAAAAGUAGCACUGAAGGGAGAACGAUUUGUACUAGAAUGCAUCGUUUAUGGAAUGCCAGUUCCAAAGAUAACGAUACGAAUGAAAGGAAUUCACAUGAUCCUAGGACAAAUAACAGGCAACGCUAGRAGGUAUUUCAUCAAGAGUUUCUCAAAGAGCGACGCUGGCAAGUACAAGUGCAAAGCUACUGAUGUUUCAGGAAGGAUUGAUGCGCGGAGYACAUCUAUCAGAAUGGAAGCAAAACCCGAAUGGAGAAGAAAACCACGUGAUGUUACCUCAGGACUCAAUAGUAACGCAACGUUACCCUGCAGAGCGUUUGGUAUACCACGUGUUCACUAUCAAUGGUACUUUAAUGGAGUCGCACUUAAACCUUCCUCGAAAUACUCAUUCAGCAAAGGCAACCUAACAAUAUCGAACUUACAGUACUUAGAUGGUGGCAUGUAUCAGUGCGUCGUUACAAACAAACACGGACAAUUGCUGUCUUCAGCGGAAUUAACCGUCGCCGAAACGGCCGCUGGUUUUGGUCCAGGAAGCAAAGCUCCAGAACCRAUAUUAAACAAACUCGUUAAUUCGAAKGUSGUYCUGACAUGCAAUCCUUCAGGGAAUCCAAAACCUUCAGUGAAGUGGAAAAAAGGUGCGACUGUUUUAAAGAAAGACCCUCGAUAUCGUUUUCUUGUUAAUGGAAAUUUAGAGAUUGUUAAUGUAACUAAGUUGGAUUCUGGGAGAUAUACAUGUAUGGUGUCGAACAGACUUGGCUCGGACUCGAGAUCUGGUCGUUUAAACGUGCAAGAAAAUCUCGCCAUCACUUCACCACCAAAAGACCAGACAGCCAUGAUUGGAUCAAACGUUCGAUUCACGUGUGGAGUAACAACAAUGGGCGUCAUGGAAGUAACGAUCCAAUGGAGCCGAUACUACAUUCCAGUUAUGCCAAAUACUAGAGUAUCGAUCGGUAAAAUUGGUCAGGACAGAGGUUUUCUUAACAUUAACAAUGUACAGUUUAAUGACGCUGGAUUGUACUCUUGCAAAGUGACGGCUCCACUUGGAUCGAAGCUGAAGCCAUCGUCGACAUCAUCAACGGCGUUUGCAAUGCUGCAAGUGCAAGGCCCUCCUGAACCACCAAGAAACGUCCUAAUUCUACCAAAGACGAAUGAUGGUUAUUAUGUWAACAUYACUUGGAGCCUGGGACGAGAUAACAACAGUCCAAUCACUCGCGUCCAAAUCGAACAGAAUGUUGAUUUUCAACCGUAUACCUGGACGGUAGUGAAGACAAUAGACAAUCCACUUCAAACUCAGGUGGAGCUACCGCUGUCAGCGUGGGCUCAAUAUUCRUUYAGRGCAAUUGCAAUCAAUGCCAUUGGCAAAAGUAAGCCAAGCCAACCGUCGCCCAUGAUUGUAACACCUGCAAAUGCACCUGACAAAGUUCCAAGAAAAAUCAGAAGUAAAGGAAGGAGUCCAACUCAAAUGCUAAUAACGUGGAAGCCGUUGCCUUUAAUUGAUCAAAACGGACCUGGUAUUUAUUACAUCUUGUAUUACAAAGAAGCAGACAGCAAAGAAAAGAUGAGUCGACAUGAAAUCCGUAACAACAAGACGCGAUUCAUGGUUCGAGGGUCGGACUACUUUGUGAAAUUCGCCUUUCAAGUCCAGGCUGCGAAUGAUAAGGGGUUUGGUCCAAAGAGCAAAGUGUUCUAUGGCUUUUCAGGAGAACGAUAUCCCGUAGGAAGACCAACACAGCUAAAAGUACGAAUUACAUCACCAACGUCAGCGUACGCUACUUGGACACCUGUACCUGACACUAGAGAUAUUGCGGGCGGAAAACUACUGGGAUAUAAGAUCUACUAUUGGAAAGAAACAAAGAACUACCGACCUAGAAAAGCCGCUUAUAAGUCGUCCAUUAGACCCACGGCCAUGAUGGAACUCGAGGCGUACACUGAGUACCGAUUUCAGGUGGUGGCGUACAACAGUCGAGGGGAUGGCCCAGGGAGCAAUAUUGUUGGUCCUAUCAGAACACCUAUGGGCAAAUCUGACUACGAUACAACUGGUAAACGAGAUUCAGAAACCGUUGAAGCUACCAAGCUACCAGACCCUCCAUCACAUCUUACACUAAUGGUGCAGAACAGCUCGUAUGUUGUUUUACAAUGGGCUCAACCGAAGAAAAGCAACGGUGUUAUAUUGAGCUAUAGAGUGUCAGUCAGAAGGCUUGUGGACAGCAAAACGGUCAGCGGUGCUACCAAUUACUCCACGCAAUUACGAGUCCAUAACUUAGAUUUACAGACUAGGUACCAGUUCUCUGUWCGGGCAAUAAAUAAAAUUGGCGAAGGACCACCCGUCAUGGCGGACUUUGAUCUUGCUAUAGUUCCUCUAUCCUGGCCGAAUAGUGUUUCUGCAUCUUACGAUGAAUUCCAGCGUGAAGCGUCAAUCAAAUGGAACAAGAUCACCAAACCUUCUAUUGAUGGUUAUCGGGUAUUUUACUGGGGAUUAGAUAAAAAGAUCAAGUAUGUAGACGUCGAGAGAGACCGUAACGAAAGAACCAUACAAAGAUUGAUUAAAGGAGGCGAUUACCAUUUUCAAGUGGCGGGGUUCMGAUUGGUUGAUGGAGAGCAUUACGCAAUAGGUCCGCGGUCACCACCCAUCAAGGCUGGGAAAGUAAUUACGCUUGCAAGAAAGGGAAACAGCAGUCCUGCUUUUCAUCCGCGAUUCUCGUCACAGMUUCUUCUUKGCGUCUUAGUAUGCGGUGUAGUACAUUGGUGGAACAGCUAAUGACGAAGCAGCCAAGAWAUWRMUCGAUAUAAAUGGUUAGGAGGAGUAUCUUUAAGAAUCUGCUGGYCCCGUGGUGUGCUGGCUCACAUCGCAAUUUUCAGGAAUUGUUCAGUUUCCUAAACGUCUCACGGGUUAUGGAUGCAUAGUUGUUGAAAGAUGUCCCGCGCUAACUCRAUUCAUCUGAAUGRACAUUAACUUUUGCUUAAUGAAGAAAAGCCAACUCGCAUGACUACUUUAUGGAUUAUGUCUGGAACUUCAAUGGAAUUAAACACUGAGGGACAUUUUAAAGAGAACAUUAUGUACACAUGUACAUUGAAUUGAAGAAGUCAAACCGACAUUUUAUAAAAUUAUACUGUUUGCAACAAAAACAAGAAAAAGAAAUCGCAUUAAGGGCGUUUUACACUGAUUUUUGCAGUGCGGUGUUGAUGAUUUCCUUAAAGCGUUUGACUAUAAUGUUUUAGACUUUCAUUGCCGCAAUCCUGGUUCCCAUGGUACGAAACACCACGGACGCUGAAGACUAACUGUGAUUAUUUUUCCGUAGUUUUAAAUUGGAACUACGUAAAAUAUCAAUGUAGAGGAGCUGAUGUGACUUAAAAUGACGAAAUCAUGGACUGAUGUUUUCAGCAUAAUAAUAUUGACAUACUGCUCAUCUUGAGUGUUAACUACCGAAAUGGAUUCUGGGAAUGCAAGUAUAUAACCUCGUAGGCUUGGCUCUUUGGCACUGAGAACGCGAGCAAUUUGAACUUAAGCUGGACGAUAAUGCCGCUCUGCAAUAAUCUACGUGUAAACCAACAUCGCAUAUUAAUUUUUAAGUUAUAACGUUAAAGUUAGCUGUUACGUUUUAGUUAUCGACACGAGCGCCUUUACUAGGUAACCAUGCUUUCUCGCUUUUAUAUUUUGCAAACAUAACAGAAAAUAUAGCAAAAAUAAUAGUUAUAAUUGUUGCCCCUUAUAAAACGUUUUUAAUUUUUGACAAACGCUCGAUUUAGUAACUCCAAAAAUUAUCAUAUCGUAGUGCCAAAUAUGGACAUAGAUACCAAAUAAGAACAAUGAUACCAUUUAAGGUAAAAUGUUUAAAAUGAAUGAGAAAAGACUUGGAAAAUUAAGAAAAGAUUUAUAAUUAAUUCCUUCGCAGGAAUACAGCGAAUUUCAUGUAGCGGUUCGGUUGAUUUAAAAAAAGCGAAACGCGUUAUUUACUGAGAAUCAUUCGCACGAAGAAAUUGAUGUACAUAAUAUAAGUGCAGCCAAAUAGACAUUUAUAAUAAAAUUGCCAUUAUAUAUAGUAAAGCCUGAU